AAGAUGCACAAGCUGACCUCAGAACAGUUGGAAUUUAUUCACGAUGUUCGACGCAGAAGUAAAAACAGGAUAGCUGCCCAGCGCUGCCGGAAAAGGAAACUCGACUGUAUUCAAAACUUAGAAUGUGAAAUACAUAAGUUGGUAUGUGAAAAGGAAAAGCUUUUAACAGAAAGGAACCAGCUGAAGGCUUGCAUGGGAGAGUUACUGGACAACUUCUCUUGCCUUUCCCAGGAAGUAUGUAGAGAUAUCCAGAGUCCUGAGGAGAUCCAAGCUCUCCACAGGUACUGUCCUGUCUUGCGACCUUUGGAUUUACCCACAGCUGCUGCAUUCAACCCUUUACCAGCAAGAGGAGAGCCAAGCCUGGUCACCGCUCAGGAAGCAGGAGAUAACAUGCAGUGCUGCAACAAUCAAGGCCCAAUACAGCUUGGCAGCCACUCAGUUUCUAACAGUAUACCUGAAAAUUGUAUAGCGAGAAGAGGG